AGGGCGAGGGCCUGAGGGUUGGGGGGUGGGGGGUGUUGUUCUCGUUUAUUCAGUGUCCCCCGCUUGCCCCUGCACCCGGGACGGUAUAACCAUGGGCUCGGUGCUCAGCCGGAGAAUCGCAGGAGUCGAGGAUAUCGAUAUCCAGGCUAACUCGGCCUACAGAUACCCACCGAAAUCUGGAAAUUACUUUGCAAGCCAUUUCUUCAUGGGUGGGGAGAAGUUUGAUACUCCACAUCCUGAGGGAUACCUGUUUGGUGAAAAUAUGGACUUGAAUUUCUUGGGAAACCGCCCUGUACAGUUUCCAUAUGUGACACCAGCGGCUCAUGAGCCUGUGAAGACCUUACGCAGUUUGGUUAAUAUUCGAAAAGACUCUCUUCGCUUGGUCAGGUACAAAGAUGAAGCUGACAGUCUGACAGACGAGAAUGCAAAGCCAAAAGUGCUCUACAGUGUGGAGUUUACCUUUGAUGCUGAUGCGCGUGUUGCAAUAACCAUCUAUUGUCAGGCAACAGAGGAAUUCCAUGGUGGUAUGGCAGUAUAUACAUCAAAGCAUCCUUCCAUGCAUUCUGAGACCAUCCAUUACAAGCGAGGUGUGAGCCAGCAGUUCUCACUUCCUUCUUUUAAGAUUGACUUCUCCGAAUGGAAGGAAGAUGAGUUAAACUUUGAUCUAGACAAAGGAGUUUUUCCUUUAGUCAUUCGGGCAGUGGUUGAUGAAGUGGAUGAAUAUUCUGGGCAUGCCCAUAUUCUAUUGGCUGCAAUGGAAAAACACGUCGAUGGAAGCUUUUCUGUGAAGCCAUUAAAGCAAAAGCAGAUUGUCGACCGAGUCAGCUAUCUGCUCCAAGAAAUAUAUGGCAUUGAAAAUAAGAAUAACCAAGAAACAAAGCCUUCCGAUGAUGAGAACAGUGACAACAGCAACGAGUGUGUUGUGUGCUUGUCUGACCUACGUGAUACCUUAAUCUUACCGUGUAGACAUCUGUGCUUGUGCAGUACCUGUGCAGACACACUCCGGUAUCAGGCAAAUAACUGUCCGAUCUGCAGAUUGCCAUUUCGAGCAUUAUUGCAGAUCCGAGCUGUGAGGAAAAAGCCUGGGGCCUUGUCACCAGUUUCAUUUAGUCCUGUCUUAGCACAGACUAUGGACCAUGAUGAUCACUCAACAUCGGAACAUAUUCCUCCUGGAUUUGAGCCAGUUUCCUUACUGGAAGCUUUAAAUGGACUUCGUUCAAUUUCUCCGUCUGUCCCUUCUGCUCCCCUUUAUGAAGAAAUCAGCUAUUCUGGAAUUGGGGAUGGCUUGUGUACAUCAGUCAGGCAGCUGUCAGCAAAGGACAAGAUGAUAGAUAAUUGUCCCCAAAAGCCCAAACUGAGCAAAUCUUCAGAAAGCAGUCUGCGCUCUCCAUCUUCUCCAAUACAAGAAGAGGAUGAAGAAAAGCUUUCAGAAGAUUCUGAUGUUCUGUUACAAAAGAACGGAGCACAACAGCCCAAUGAAAUUAGCUCACAAGAAAGUAGUACAAUUGCAGAAACCCCAGAAAUCGAAGCACAAGAUCAAGUCGAUAGAACAUACUCUGAGGAAAUAGUACAAGAUAGCAACAAUGAGCACAAAAGACAUAUUGAGGAAGAUGGGGAAACUCCUCUCGAGAUGACCCUGCCAGGAACCUCAGACUCGACUGAAAGCUUGAAAAGCCAGAGCACUAACAGUUCAUCUCAGCCUCUUCUUGCUGUCUCCAGUACUGUUCACAUAGAGGACGAGAACCAGAUUGCUUGAAAAUUCAAACCAACAUCAGAAUGACCAAUUGCAUGUGCCAUGUAAGCUCUCCUGUCUGUGUUACAGACCUGUCCCCAUGGCAUACUAAACUGUUUUGUAAUAGUUUGCCAUGUUUCAUGGUGUGCUCGUUUGUGACUCAUUUGUUUCUUCUUGCGUUUCCACUGAUUUUGGCAGUUCAACCAAUCUAUUCCAGGCAAUGUUCAGACUUCUAAUUUAUAAUAGUUAUUGUUCUAUAAUGUCUUUCAAAGCACAUUCUACAGUAACAGGAAAUACAUUUACUGACCAGACACUUUAAACUUUAUUUCUGUUUACUAUUUGCAGGGAAAACCAAGACAGCUCAAGUUUUCUUUUAAGGAAACAGCAUUAACACUUGGUGGUAGCUUAACUGACAAACUCAAUUAUAAAGGCUAAAGUAUAGUAAUCAAGAUAGUUAUUUAUGAAACCAUUUAAUCAAAAUCGAAGCUGUUUUGGAUUUUUGCAGCAUAGUAACUAAUAUUUAAUGCAUGAUUGGUUUAAAUAAAAUGGCAUUUGUAAAACAGCAGCACAAAGUCCUGAGUUUGUGCUUUGGGCAAGGUCUGUUUUUAUCACGUGUGUAGUUCUUUUUCUUGUACAAGUUCACUUUUAAAACUUUGUAUCUUUCCAACCUGCUGAAAUGUCAGACUUCAAUGUUCCAUUUGUUUCUGUCAACAUUCUUUAACCCAAUGAACUCCGAGAAACAGAACCAUGCAUCUUUCAAACUAUAUAUUCCAGGCCAUUGAAGUGCAAGCAGGUGAUUAUUUCCCAUUCUAACCUAAGAAAUAUAUAAUUUCUUCUGACUACUUUAAUCUUCAUGUACAUUUUUGUGAUAAUUUGCAGUAUACUUUGAAUGUGUAGCUCAUGUAAUAUCUUAUUUAUCUGUUUGCCAUUGUGAUAUUUAUUGUAAAAGCUUAUAUAGUAACGUGGCGAUGGAAAAUUGAAAACUUAAGUAAAUCAAAUCGGCCCAUAGAUUUUGGAAACGCUCAACAGGUUCUGGCAGCAUCUGUGGAGUGGAGAGAGAUCAGUUAACAUUUCGGGUCAAGUGUCUCUUGCUCAGGACUGCCUCAGGGGUUCUGAGGAAGGGUCACUCAACCUAAAACGUUAAUUCUUGAAUUUUCUCCAUGGAUGCUGCCAGACCUGCUGAACUUUUCCAGCAAUUUCUGUUUUUGUUUCUGAUUUACAGCAUCUGAAGUUCUUACAGUUUUUAUUUAGGCCCAUAAUUUUAUUGAAUUUUUGAGAAAUUAAAUCCUAAAGCUCCAGCCUUUCAGUGUACCAUUGGCUGGGUUUUCCACUGCUCCCAAUGUGAACCUUGAUAGCCUGGCAUUUUACUCUCAUUUUAGACCUAAUUUUCAACAAAAAUGUAAUUGGUAACUUAAUCAUUACAGUUUAUUUGGCUAUUUUGCUUGAACUUUUCUUUGCAGUUAAUGAGAUGUUAUGCUUCUGAUGCUGGAUGUCUAACCAUUGAUAUUCUCCCCGAAAGUAGUUUCUAACUAAUUGUUGCUUUCCCUCCAAUAGAAGGGAUAGUGUCCAUUUUGUUUCACGUUCUUAACAAGUUUUCCAUCAAAUUUCAUGAAAGACAACAUUGAUAUAGAAAGUAAAUGGUAAAAAUAUGCAGCUGAAUUGAGCACAGACAAAUACUUUGUAACGGCAAAAAUAUUUUAAUGGUCCUUGUUCAGUGUACAUCGCCUGUCUCUGAUUAUACUAUGGUUUGUUCCCAACUCUAUCCAUUGCGACAAAAGGAAAACAAUCAGCGUAUGUGUAACAUUUAUCCACACUCGGUGUACACUUUUACUGUAUUCACAUUAUUCUUGAAUAUUUUGCAAUGUUUGGGAACACUGAGUGUUCAGGCGGUGUUAAUACAGUAAAUUCAUUCAACUCCACCUGCUGACAUGGUGUCUUUACUCUGUGCCUUGUACCUGAUCUUAUGAUAAAAGUAUUUGUAAGAGGGGGGAAAAAACCUUGUCAUUUGAUACGGUGAUUGUGAUUCAGCAAAAUCUGGAAUUUCAAGCUGUUUUGAAUGAAAAUACAAAUUUUCUAUAAGCUGUACUGUAAAUAGAUGCUUAGUUGAAUGUAUUGUGAAUUGACACCGAAAUCUCAUACGAGAGCAGAAUAAAGUGGGUUGUCUCUUGUAGAUUUUAACGUUUAGUCACUCAUUUCCAUAGAGCUUCAUUGCUGCAUUUAUUAAAGAAUGUAUCACAUGCAUCCUUUUAAAAGAUUGAACAAGUUCACUAAUUUCAUAUAAAUGUGAUUUUGCAUUUGUUUGUAGUAUAUUGUAUUGUAAUAAAAUGUAGCAAGCAACACUAAA